GUUAUAGGUUCUGACAACACGUCUACGACCAUGACUUUGGCUUUCUAUUUCAUGCUCUGCCAGCCCAGAUACUACAAGAUGCUCCACGAAGAGCUCGAGACGGAGUUUCCUGACCCGCUUGGCGAUCUCGAGCAGAAUCGACUCGCAGAGCUUCCAUUUCUGAAUGCAGUGACACAUGAAGCCCUGCGCCUCGGCUCUCCUUAUUAUCUUCCCCGAAUAGUCCCACGAGAAGGCACAAUCAUUGAUGGACGAUAUCUUCCUGGAGGAACUGCUGUCGCGGUUGCUGCCUACUCCCAACAGGUCAGCCCAGAGAACUUUUACCCAGAUCCUUUGGAAUUUCGUCCUGAGCGGUGGAUGCCCGGU